AAUUCCUCCCGCCCGGUUGUUCCUGGCCAGACACGUAUAUCGGCCGCUACGUCCUGGUCAACAGGCAGCGGGGGAGACUCCGACUCGGCGAGAGAUCGAUGGAGGGUUGUCGUGGCCGGCCAUGGACCAGGCUACCGGCGCUGCUGCUGGUGGCGCUGGCCUGCGCCGCCGCCGCCGCCGUGGGAGAGUGUAGGGUGGUGCACGUGGGAGAGGCGCACCGGCGGAGCAUGUUGGCUAAUGGCCUCGGCGCGACGCCCCCCAUGGGGUGGAACAGCUGGAAUCACUUCGCCUGCGACGGCAACGGCGAGGUUGUCAUCAGGGAGACCGCCGAUGCGCUUGUCUCCACCGGGCUCGCAGCUGCCGGCUACAAAUACGUCAAUCUUGAUGAUUGCUGGGCAGAACCUGAACGUGAUGCAAAGGGCAAUCUUGCGGCGAACAAGAAUACGUUCCCCCACGGGAUAGAGGCACUCGCGGACUACGUCCACAGCAAGGGGCUCAAGCUCGGCAUCUACUCCGAUGCUGGAUACAAGACCUGCGCCAAGGCUCAACCCGGAUCCCUCGGCUACGAGGAGCAGGACGCCAAAACCUUUGCUUCCUGGGGAGUGGACUACCUCAAGUACGACAACUGCAACAACGGCGACACGAAGCCGCUGGAGAGGUACCCUGAGAUGAGCAAGGCUCUGAUGCAGGCCGGCCGCCCCAUCUUCUUCAACCUCUGCGAAUGGGGCGACAUGCACCCGGCGCGGUGGGGCGCGGCGUACGGCAACAGCUGGAGAACCACCAACGACAUCGAGGACACCUGGGACAGCAUGGUGUCCAGGGCGGACCAGAACGAGGUGUGGGCCGAGUACGCGCGCCCCGGCGGCUGGAACGACCCCGACAUGCUGGAGGUGGGCAACGGAGGGAUGACCAACGACGAGUACAUCGUGCACUUCAGCAUCUGGGCGAUCUCAAAGGCGCCUCUGAUCAUCGGGUGCGACGUGAGGCACAUGUCGCAGGACACGUACGACAUCCUUGCCAACAAGGAGGUGAUCGCCGUCAACCAAGAUCCUCUCGGCGUCCAGGGGAAGAAAGUGAGGAUGGAGGGGAGCAGCGAGAUCUGGGCUGCGCCUCUGACGGGGUACAGGACGGCGGUGCUGCUGCUGAACCGGCACGCCAAGGACGAGGCCCAGAUCACGGCGCACUGGGACGACAUCGGCCUCCCCGCCGGCACCGCCGUCGAGGCCAGGGACCUCUGGCUGCACAAGACGCUCGAGCCAAAGUUCACAGACAAGAUGAGCUUCAACGUGACGCCGCACGCGGCCAGGAUGUUCGUGCUCACGCCUCUCAAGUCUCAGCUGGAUUAAGGAAAAACGACAUGGGUUGAUGCCCGUUCCGUAAUUGAUUAUGAGAAAUACAUAUUUUCUCUAUUUUUCCGUAAUAGUAGUAAUUUGGAAGUGUUUUUUAACGUGUAAUAUUUUGUUGAGAACCUUUGGUGUAUAUAAUAAGUACCGUGCAGCCGGUGAGCAAUCUCCAAAUCAUUAGGAUUUUUUUAGUGUGUAA